UCUCAAUACACGCAGCGAGAUAACAAGGGGUCCUUAUUUUCAAUCCACUUGUUAGAAUUUUUUUUUGUUUGUUUGUUCGUUUUUUCUCGCAGCAAUUGUUUGUUGGUCCUACUACAAGAACGGUCCGCCUCUCCCUCUCUAUCUCCGAUCCCCCUCCGGCGCCGGCGCGCCGCUCCCAACUCCAACCACCGCGUUCCCGUCACUCCGGCCUCUCCCAGCUCCCUCAGCGCCGCUCAUGGCUUCUUCCACGGCCACCGCCGCCGCCGUCUUCUCCGCUCUCUCACCGCCGCCCGUGGGUGCCGAGAGGCCGGUUCCCCAGGGCCGCCUCCUCUUCCGCGGCUCCGGCGCUCGCUCCAGCCCCCUACGGAUCAACCCCGCCCGACACCACGGACUCUCGCCGGCGCCUAGAGCGGCCAAGGCCGUGGAGGCAGCGAAGGCUGACCCUCUAAAUGUCAUGAUAGCGGGAGCUCCGGCGUCCGGGAAGGGCACGCAGUGCGAGCUAAUCAAGGCCAAAUAUGGUCUGGUGCACAUUUCAGCUGGAGAUUUGUUAAGGGCAGAAAUCGCCACAGGCACCGACAAUGGGAAGCAGGCCAAGGAGUUUAUGGAGAAGGGACAGCUGGUUCCUGACGAGAUCGUUGUUAAUAUGGUGAAGGGGCGUCUUCUGCAACCAGAUGCUCAGGAAAAGGGUUGGCUUUUGGAUGGUUACCCGAGAAGUUAUUCACAGGCAAUGGCACUGGAAACUCUUGGAAUCCGGCCCGACAUUUUCAUUCUAUUAGAUGUUCCGGAUGAACUUCUUGUUGAAAGGGUAGUUGGCAGACGGCUGGAUCCUGAAACUGGGAAAAUAUACCAUCUAAAGUAUUCUCCGCCUGAGAAUGAAGAAAUUGCAUCCAGGCUUACACAAAGAUUUGAUGAUACAGAAGAAAAGGUUAAGCUGAGGUUGCAGACUCAUUAUCAAAAUAUCGAGUCCUUGGUUUCGAUAUAUGAAGAUAUUAUAGUCAAGGUAAAUGGAAAUACCACGGUGGAAGAUGUAUUCGGUGAGAUUGAGAAGCUGCUCACUUCCAGCCUUGAUAAGAAAACAGAAAUGGUGGCUAGCUAACUCAUAAGCAGAGAAAGCUGCGUGAACCAGACAUGUGGCUGAAGCAUGAUUUUAUUCUAUUUUUUGAAGACAUGCAGGUGACAAAGCAUUGAUAGGAUGAUAUUUAGAAAAGCCCUUUGUUAUUCAUGGAUGUAAAUGCGUCACUGUUUUGUAAUGAUCUUGACUAGGAAUGCAUUGAUAUACAGUGCAAUUGGAAGGAUUGCCUUGAGUUUGCACUUUUCAGUCUA